UGUACGUGUGUGCGUACGUAUGUGCCUGCGUUACGUGUGCGUGCAUCGCUUUGCAUCGCGCGCGAUAAUAGUCACGAGUGAGACCCCCUUGACGCGCGCGCUUCGUCUCAAGAUCGUCCGAGAUACCGGGUCGACUACUGACGAAGCUCGCAGUUCUCAAAGCAUCGCGAUCGACGAAGGAUCGAUCGGUGACUCGCGCGAUCCUGACCAACCUGAUGGGAUUCAGCGAAGAGGUUCAAUGCAGAUACGGCUGUUAUCGCAGUACAUCAAAUGCCUAAUCACUCUCGAUGAAAAUCACAAAAACGGAAUCAAGAGGGAAUAAUCGAAAGACACUUGGCAAACGAGUUGGAUAAAAUUACGCCGAAUUUUGAGAAACGGAGUUACCUGUGUCUUGAGAUUUUUGAUGUGCAGUGUGUGAUGAGAAUUAAAUUAUUUUGAAGGAACAAGAACGCACACGCGCGAGUGCCUUAAAUUGGAAUUAUCGAAAGCUACUUGCUAAUUGACAUCCGAAGCCACUUAGUUUUAUAACGACAUUUCAAUUGAUACGCUUUAAUGAUAUUUGGAUUGAUAUUUUCAUUGUUGCCUUACCAUAAUGUGUUAGCAGAUUUAUCGAUUUACGUGACCUGAACGCUGACGUUCUAAAUCAUUAAGGUACCUUUGUACCGAUUUCAACUUAUUUUAAUACGAACAACAACAUCAACAAUCUAAAUAUUAAUAUUCAUGAUUCCAUAUUGAUUAAUUUGAUGACAAUAGUUCAGUUCGAUAUUUUGGACACGUGAUCUGGACUUCUUGUUAAACCAAAAAUCGAUCAAGAAUACAAAAAAAUAAUAAGGACAAGAUGCUUUUCAAAGGCAACAGUUCACGGCUGGAAUUGUUGAUUGGAAAAAUCCACGCACACAAGGAACCGUCACAGGAUGAGCAACACAAAUCUAAAGAGGCCCUAGGAACCGGAAGUUCCUCGUGGCACAGCGAGGAUGGCGGGCCCAACUCGCGUCGUGGCGGCGAGACGCCGUCCUCUUGCGCGACGCCGACAUCGGCCAGCUUCCCGUCGGAACCCGAGGUUGAUGUCGACGUCAGCGUCAAUCCCGACGGCAAUAACCCCGCUGCUCCGUAUCCAUGUCAAUUCUGCGACAGAACGUUCCCGCGGCUCAGCUACCUGAAAAAACAUGAACAGAGUCACGGUGAUCAGAUGCCAUAUCGAUGCAGUUGGUGCAACAGACUAUUCAAACACAAGCGCAGCCGUGAUCGUCACGUGAAGUUACACACCGGAGACAGGCGAUACCGCUGCUCGAAAUGUGAAGCCGCCUUCUCCAGAAGCGAUCACCUGAAAAUCCACUUGAAGACACACGACACCCAAAGGCCUUACCAAUGCACGGCUUGCACGAGAGGCUACAGUUCAGCCGCUGCCUUGACAUCGCACAUGCAAUCUCACAAGAAGCAUCACCAGUCAUCGUCCUCUCAAUCAGCUGGCAAGGACGUCGAUUACGGUCGGAGAAGCGUCUCCUCGCACAGCACGUCAUCACCGCCGGUGCCGUCGUCGCCGUCGCCGUCGUUGAAUCUCAGUCUGAAUUCGAGGAAUGUCCUGAAGACGUCGCAGGGUACUGGUAGUACUUCUACUACACCGAUUCUCAACUCACCCCUGAAACUCGCUUGCAUGUACUGCACCCGAGAUUCGUUCAGCUGCAUGCAGCAGCUGCAAAUACACGUACGCACGAUGCAUCAGGCAAUCCUUAGCGGCGCGGAGAGUUUAGCGCGACCAUCAUCGCCGAGCAGAACAUCAAAUGAGCAACAAGCAGUAUUCUGCUCGCGCGACAAGCCUGAUCGUAAGGACAGCUCAAAAGACCCACGCUCAGAUCGAAAAUACCCAUCCGAGGAAAGAGCCGACAGGCCUGCAGGCGAACGAGACCACUACGAGAACGCGUUUACCUGCGACCAGUGUACUAUGAAAUUCUCCACUCUGGCCUGCUUGCGUGAUCAUUCGUUGUCGAUACACCGGAUGGACAGUGGUUUCAGCGCGACAAUGGUGAUAUGUCCAUUGUGUGGUAUUCCGUGCACUUCAACAGCAGCCUAUGCCGAGCACUAUGUUCUUCAACACUGCGAAAAUCGUCGCCCGCAGACAACCAGUAUAGAUUAUAACGAGACGAAACUGAACGGCGUUUACAACAGUACCCCACGUCCGACCCGUCCAUCCGCGGACGCCGCUGGUAGCUAUACCGCUGACACUCUGUUGUGCGGCCAAUGCGACGCCGCGCUGAAGGAUUUCGAAUCCUUUCGCGAACACGUGGCUCGGCACCUGCAGGCCGACCACCGUAAUCAGGAGAUGUCCAACAGGCAACAUUUGUGCCCCAAAUGCGAGAUGGUUUUCCCAUCUCGCGAAGACAUGCUGGCUCACCUAACUAAGCAUUACGUAGGACAGAUCAGCAAAGAAUUCGUAUGCGGCGCCUGUAAAAAGUUUUACCCGCAUCCAGAUCAGCUUCAAAGACAUUUGUUGGACGCUCAUGCACAUCAUUUGUACCGUUGCGCUCUAUGCCGGGACACGUUCGACUCCAAGGUAGCGAUACAAGUGCACUUUGCAGUCAAGCACAGCCAAGAGUGCCGGAUCUAUCGAUGUAGUGUAUGUACGUUGUCCAACAACGAAAACUCACCACCGGGAACAAACGCGGCUCCCGGCGAUAGCAGGAGCUUCUUCAGAAGCGAAGCCGAGAUGGCGGCUCAUGUGCGUAACGUGCACGCGCCUCCUCCGGUCGUUCCUUCCUUAACGAACAGUAGUCCUAUCAGAGCAACAACGAGGAGCCCAGCUUCGACGCCUGGUAUUAUCACAACGCGCUGCGUCUUUUGCGGAAUCUGCUGCAGUUCGGAGCUUGAACUUCAGCUUCAUCUGGCCAGUCACUCGGCCAGUCUUUAUAGAUGUCCCAUCUGUAGAGAAGGUUUCGCGGUGGAGUUCCUGUUGGAUCGACAUGUCACUCAGGUUCAUCAUCAGACAGCGCAAGAUCACCAAGUGCCGUCAGUUAGAAACAGGGAGAACGGACGCGUUCAUCGACCGACUAGAAAUCAAGAAGAAACAAAAUCUCUGAAGAGAGGCCGUUCACCAGCUUCAAGCAACAACAACUCCCUGAAUCAGCGCGACAAUAACAACAAACGUUCAAAUUAUGGUACUUCCAGUCAGCAAUGUGAGCUCUGCGAACGCGGUGAAUUUGCGAACGAGGCCGAGCUGCAGGCACAUAAGAAAUUAGCUCACACGCCCCUUAAGCUAUCCAACAAGGCUCUAUCUACUUUGAGCAUGACUUGUGGCUAUUGUGGCGAAGUUUGUCGCUCGCGAAACGAGCUGGAAUCUCACACGAGGAUUCAACAUGCAUCUAAUGAGUCCAGUGGACGUCACAAAUGCAAUAUCUGCGACGAAGUAUGCCCAUCUGGCGCGAAUCUGGCGGAGCACAAGCUCCAGAAGCAUUGCAAGAUCCAGCUGAGCGACACGUGCGUGGUGUGUCGUGGUUGUCUCACAUCAGAAAGUCAGUUUCUGGACCACGUGCAAAGACACAGUCUGGAUAAUGUGGAUCCGCAACAACGACUGGACAGUACGUUGCCUCAUCUGCCCGCGCCAUGCGUUGUAUGUCGACAGACCUUGAUCAGCGAUUUGGAAUGUCGUUUGCACGCGCGGCAUCAUCUACGAACGUCCUCAAGUUUGCGCAGUACCGGUUCCAGCCCGACUAGUCCUGGUGGUGACAAAGGUCAAAAUCAAGGUUGCUGCCUCUGCUUGCGCGACUUUGCAGCCGAGGACUUCGUCAAUCUACCACCCAAUCCUGCCAGUACAAGCGGACAGCUGCUCAGAGUCUGUAAACCGUGUUACAUGCGACAUUCUCAGGGAUUGCCUAUUCUAAACUCGACGACCUAUGAGCAUAGGGCUAAAUAUGAGACGACUUGGCUCGCGAACAAGGACGGCCAGUGGGACGAAACUAAAGAUAAGUGGGAGCACGAGAGAGGACUCAAAAUAGAGGACCGAUCCAGGAACGAAGGGAAUACGAAUAAGAAAAGGUGUGAAGAUUGCGGAGUGAAGUUUGAAGACUUCGAAGAGGCAGAGAAGCACAGGAUCGCUGAGCAUGAAAAAGCUGUCGGUGGCUCGAAUACCUAUACCUGCAUACAAUGUCAAGUAUCAUUUUCAACUGAAGCCAAGAUUCAGCAACACGUGAGGAAAAAACACUUGGAGGCAUCCGGAAAAGCUUCCUUGGAGGCUUUACGUUGUCAUUUGUGCUUAUUCGAGGCCGCCAGUCCUAUGCAGCUACAAAUUCACUUAAUAGAACACACUUUCGCCGGUUGUGCCGCUCUUAGCUGUUAUAUCUGCCAGUCGCUCUUCACAACUCCUAUAGGUCUUCAGAAUCAUAUGCUGCAAGAACACGGACUAGACGCGAGACCGUACGAUUGCUCCAAGUGCACACUCAAAUUCUUCUUCAGCGCGGAACUGGACCACCACGUACUGACCUUUCAUCAUCCGGGAGAAGAGAUCCACUCUUCGUCAGUCGAGAGCGCUCAUGAGACGAAGACUCGCGAGUCGAAGAAGCGCGAUGAUGAUGUAACGGUGAAGGAGGAAGUAGUGCAAAGUGGUAAAGAAAAGAACGAAGAGGAGGAGGAGGAAGUGAACGUGGAUGAUCAGAUGGGACAUCACGAAGAGGCUGAACGAAAUGAACAGAAACUGAAGACAGAAAUAAACAACGAAGCGACAUCCGGCAGGAUGGAAUCGUGACUUUCUUCAGUCAGCAUUACGUUUCGUUCCAUUUUAGGAUUAAUUGAUUAUUAAUAAUUGAUUAUUCAAGUUUGCUAUCAUCAUUUUAAAUCUCAUUGAUAAUAAUCGCGCAGGCUGUGUCAUAUAUUGUGAGUAGUAAUGCCGCAGGAAAAUUUAUCACAUGUCAUGAAAAUGUCACUAGAUGAGUAUGUACGACAGCAAGGAAAUACACAAAAUCAACUAGCAACACGAAUUUCUGCCGCCAAAUUAACUGUAUUGUGAUUGGCUGAGUUUAUGCGAUACGCUUGUCAAUCGCAAAAAAUUGAAGUUAUCUUAAUUCUAUACAAUAUGAGUUCUUGCGACUGCGUCGCAAGCGUAGGAUUAGAAAAAAAGAACAAUAUUAUAUAACAAUAGUUCUGCGAAAUUCUCGUACGACAGU